UCGAAUUCGGAGAAAUACGUAAAUAACAACGGGGUAUAUUGAAAAAGGGUAACAGAAACAUUCUUUUCCAUUUAGAUAUUUCUCCAUCAUCUCUUGCCCAAAAAACCAUGGCACAUUCAAACUCAAAUUCGUCGCAACAUUCAUCGAUGGGGACCACAAGACCCAACGAUGAUCCAUUGGCGGUAUAUACCGAUAUUGAUCCAGAACCACCUCGGCCUCGUCCAAUUCAAUACUAUUCGAACGGCAAACGAAUUCCUCGCAUGCCGGCAAAAAUCAAACUGCCUUUGAUGGUCACAUCUACGGAGCGCUAUCACAGCUCCGCUACCUCGGGCCCCGCAAACUUUAACGCAUGGUGGAAGAUGAAUAUGUGGCAAAGACCCUUUCAAGUUGAAACGGUUUUCCUGCUGUCGUGGUUCAUCUUGGGUCUUCUUGGAUACUAUUUUCUGGUCGUUCGCUUCUUUUCUGGAACAGAACGCAUUACUUUCACUGUUCUUCCUGGAGCUUUUGCCGCCUUGGCGUUUCUCUUGGCUGCCUACACAGGCUCUGUGGACACGGAGGAUCCCCGAGUUCCGGCAGCUGACGUGGAGCGUAAUGUCCGAUUUACCAAGCUUCGCGGAGUUCCAGUCAUCAAUAAAGAAACGCAUUAUUGCCACAUAUGCCAAGUGAAGGUUGAUGAAAACACAAAACACUGCAAGCCCUGCAAUAGAUGCGUUGAUGGAUUUGAUCACCAUUGCGAUUUUCUUGGGCAAGACAUCGGCCGUAGGAAUUACCCAACUUUCUUUGGUGCUCUGGUUUUCGGCUGGCUUUUUGCAUUUUGGAGUGCUGCGAUAUCUCUGUAUGCAUUUGCCUUGUACUUCAAAGAACCCACUAUGUUUCAUGCCACCGUGGGCCGAAUCUUGAACGACCAUUCAGGGACAUCCCAAGUGAUUGCGGCCGUCCUGUUUGUUUAUGCCUGCGUUAUGAUGUUUACAGGAGGCGCGGGACUCACGCUAACAAUUUUCCAUUGCAAACUUAUCUAUCUAGGAAUGCCCACCUGGCGUUUUAUCGAACUCGAGAAGGAGUACGAAUGUGGGGCAGGCCCGGAUCCCUGGACUAUGAGGUCAAAGCGAAGUGUCGGUCCCAGACCAAACCAGGCAAACACCCCGAUGGUUCAAGUGGACUCAGGAUCAGUACGACUGCACCAUGCGCCGCCUCCCCCAACUGCGACUGCCUCGUCAUCAGAUGGUUCUUUGAUGAGCCACGUUCGUUCUUGGUGGACCAUCAUUAAAGUGCUCAUCAAAAGACCGCCUAUUCCAGCCGACUUGGAAAUGAUUAAGGUUGAAGCAACUAUUGCCGAUGUCGACUGAACGUAUUUUCCAACCCGUUAUCCGCCACCGUGAAAAUCAGGAUGUACAAUAUCAGGAGAUGGUAUUCGAUACCGUACAACAGAAGUCUCGUGAAAGAUGAAGGUGCUGGGUAAAGUGUGAUUAGAUUGACAUGUCGGAAUCACAUUGAGCAAAGCCGAAGUAUCAACGUACUGUGGAAAAGCACAGUGUUCUGUGAUACGUCCGGAGUGGUACCCAAGAAGCGUUCAAAAUAUCUGCGAUUAAAGAACAAGGUCGUACCUUAUCAAAAAACGAUCUUACAAAGUGGUUGACAGUUUCGUAUGCGCGAACACGGGUUUCAUCAGCUCCGUUGAAUCGCCGCUGCAUUUUGUCAGCAGAUAGACGCUCUAAAAAGUUCAAAAAUUAGAAAAAACCAAUGUAUAGCAUAAAUAUUCGAAAUAAAAUGCCAU